GAGUAGAAAUUUGUGUAUUUCAAGGUUAAUUUUUAAGUUAAUUUCCAAAACAAGAAAUUCGUGAAGGUUUAUCUCUUUGCGCUGUUGCUCCUAAAAUAAAAUGAAUAAUUUACCGACGGCACUUGUUUAUUGAUUACGACAAAGAUAUGAUUGAUGAUAACAUCAAUAUCUAUAUAAACUCCAGCGCUUUUAUGCAGUUAUGAUACAACACCCAUCUCCCUUUACACAAAUUAAGCAAAAAAAAUGGCCACCGCUGUUGUGAGUGCCGUCCAAGAACUAUCCGGCGCCGUGAGCAGCCCGCCGGAGAAAUACCUACUGAAAGACGGGAUCGGCGGCCCCGAGUUCCCGGUUCUCGCAGUUCCCGCCAUUGAUCUCACUCUUCUCUCUGCAUCAUCUCCUCAAGGGGAAAGGGAGCUGGAGAAGCUCAAGCUUGCUUUCAGCUCUUGUGGUUAUAUUCAGGUGGUGAAUCAUGGCAUGGAUGACGCCUUCUUGGACGAGGUGCAUGGUGUGACCAAGGAGUUCUUCUCACUCCCAAUGGAAGAGAAGAUGAAAAGCGCGAGGCCCAAAGAUGAUAUUGAUGGCUAUGGGAAUGACACUGUUUACUCAGACACCCAAACUCUUGAUUGGAAUGAUAGGUUGUACCUUAAUGUCAAACCUGAUUCUAGCAGAAAACUCAAAGUAUGGCCACAAAAUCCCAGUAAUUUUAGGAAAGUAUUAUUGGAGUUCACAGCGGAGCUGGAAAAGCUGAAUGAGGCGAUAUUGAGGGCGAUGGCGAAGUCCCUAAAAGUGGAGGAGGAGUGCUUUAUAAAGCAGAUGGGGGAGAAUCAGACGGUGCUUUCGCGGUUCAAUCUGUAUCCGCCGUGCCCGCGGCCGGACGCGGUGCUGGCCGCCAAAGCGCACGGCGACGCCUCCGCCAUGACGUACCUGUUGCAAGAUAACAAAGUGGAAGGGCUUCAAACUCUGAAAGACGGCGUCUGGUACAGAGUUCCCAUCAUUCAUAAUGCUAUCGUCGUCAACGUUGGUGAUCAACUCGAGAUAAUGAGUAAUGGAAUAUUCGAGAGCCCGAUACACAGAGUUGUGACAAAUCCAGAGAAAGAGAGGAUUACCAUAGCAAUUUUCUUCAGCCCUGACCCAACCAGCGAAGUUGGGCCUCAUGAAGGACUAAUUAAUGAAAAGAGGCCCAAAUUAUUCAAGAGUGUUGUUGAUUACACUGGUAACUAUUUCCAGUCUUUUCAGACAGGGAAAAGGCCCAUUGACCUUCUCAGACUUUAAUUAUGUACUCUACUAAUUAAUCAACCCAAAAAAUAAAGCAAUCCACGUAUUUGGAGAGAGAGAGAGAGAGAGAGAGAGUAUGUAUUUGGUAUUUUGGAUAUUUCAUAGUUCAUAGUGGAGUUCCUGCAGUGUGUUUCCCUGAAAUAAUAGACGAUUUUAUUAAAAGAAUUUUAAAAUAGUGAUAAUUUAUUAGCCGAUCAA